CGCGUGUGUAUGUACAUACAUAUGUACGUAUCGUCGUUAUACAUAUAUAAAUACGUAUACAUAUUAUUACGUUUUUGCUCGUUCGAAACGUAAACGGAAAUAAUCACCAGCCGAUGGCGUAGGCAGCAAGUGUCAUUAGCGCACAACAGUGCAGUGAUCUUUCCAACGCUCUGGUCCACUAGCGAGAACCAAAUCCGUACCAUAAUAUCUUUGUUUUUAUCUACAGUAAUCGCUGUGAUGAAUUUAAUACGCUGAGGUAAACCUUUUAGCGAUGAGCCACAACAUGGGUGGCAUGGCCCCUUAUGUCACGUUACCAAGAGGCCGUAAUCAAAUGCCAUACUAUAAUCAAUGUCAAGAUAUGCCACCACAUAUGCAAAGAGGCCACUGUUAUCCAGAUGAUUUCAAUAAAAUGGGUGGACCCUGCUCAAUGUUGCCAAUGGGUAAUGAGUUUAAAUCACCGAUGAUGACUCCAGAUCCACCACCACCACCACCAGCAAAAAAGAAACGGCGUACUUCUAAUGCUGCUACUGUGACUAAUCAUACACCUCAACCACCACCUCCAUCACCUCAAGAUUUACUACCACCUCCUUUAACAGGUUAUGGAGAUACUAUAGUUGCUUCUAACCCUUUUGACGAUACUCCACCACAAGUAAUGACAAGUCAAAUGAACAGGCAAAUGAUGAACUCUCGACCUAUGAUGUCUGGUAGUCCUUGUCACCAAAUGGGUGGCUCACCUAUGAACUGUGGCCCUCCAAUGGGUAGCCCAAUGGGUGGACCAUGUGGUAGUAGCCCUCAUAGAAACCCAAUGGUGUGUGGACCACCUAUGAUGAGCUGUGGUGCUCCAGGUAACAGUCCGCAUGCCUUGUCAAUGAAUCGAAGUCCUUCUGCUAUGGGUAGUCCUCAUAUGGUGCCAAAUAUGCGCGGCAAUAGCCCUAUGGAAUGUGCUGCCAUGGUAAAACCAUCUUUAAAUUGUGCUUCACCAAUGGGUAGUCCUAUACCUCAGAACACCAAUAUGAACAUCCAUCCACCAAUGUCUAGUCCUAUGACAAUGGGUCCUUCACCACUUAACGGUCAUCCUAACUCGGGACCUGGUGGUAGUCCCAUGAUGAUGGGCCGUGGAGGUCCUUCACCUUUAACAAAUAGUCCAAUGUCUAUGAACAUGCCUGUAAGUUCAGCAGACAUGAAUGAUAUGAACCCACAUAUGUCAGUAGACAAUAAUGGGUGUCCAGUACGAGGUCCCCCUUGUCCGGGAUCAAACAAUAUGCCAUCUGUUUCUAUGGCUUGUAGGCAGCCAAUGUCAAAUCAACAGUGCAAUAGUAUGCCAGGGCCCAGUAAUAUGAUGAACUGUCCAAGAGGUAUGCCUUGUCCUCAAAUGAUGCGGGGUCCACCUCAACCUUCUGAACAACAUAGACUUAUGCCUCCUAUGAUGCAUCAAUCUCAAAUACCUAGUAGUCAACCAUCAGGUGGUUAUGGACCUGGACCUAAUUCUAAGCCAAUGCCAGUAUCGGCUGGAAAGAUAUACCCUCAUGAUCAACCAAUGGUGUUCAACCCACAAAACCCUAAUGCCCCACCAAUAUAUCCAUGUGGCAACUGUCAUAAAGAAGUACAUGACAAUGACCAAGCUGUUUUAUGUGAAUCUGGUUGUAAUUUUUGGUUUCAUCGGGUUUGUACCGGGUUGAUGGAACCAGCGUUCCAACUACUUACAGCCGAAGUAUACGCUGAAUGGGUGUGUGACAAAUGUCUUCAAACAAAAAAUAUACCUUUGGUUAAAUACAAACCCUAACGAAUAUAUUUUGACAUCUUCCAGCACUGAACGAUUUUAGCUUUCGUGCACUGAGCGUAUCAUUUGCAGUGUUUCAAUUGAUAGAGUACUUAAUCUCAGUUGCAAACAUUAAUGAAAUUUCAAAUAUUUAUUAUUAUUCAUAUAAUUUAUAUGAAAUCAAAAAUAAUUAUUUUUGAGCUAUUGUCAGUUUAUAUAUUUAGUAUAUAUUUAUAUGUGGUGCAUAUAUUUAUAUAUAUUUAUUUUUUACUGAUUAUGACUGAGGUUCAAAAUGAUUAACACGUGGUGUAUAAAAAUUCCUCUAUUGUACUCAUCAGUAUUUUAACUACUUGCAUACAUUGAGCGUUUUGCCAUUUGAUUAUUAUUUGGCAUUUAAAAAAAUCAUUAAGUUCCUUCAAAUAUACAACAAAUUGGGCCUUUUCCUUUUCAAUUUACUAAUGCAUUAUCUUAUUGCCACUUUUUAUCUUCUUUAUUAUAUUUUUAUUACUUUUUCCAUAACUGAAUCAUUUAUAAGUGAUGCAAAGUACUAUUGAAAGCAAUAUCAAUAUUAAAUUAUAUAUAUUUGUGUAUAACUGUAAUUUUUGACUAUAAUGCUGCUAUGAUGAAAACAUUUUUUUUUUAGAAAAUAAUUUAACAACAAUCAAUGUUUGUAUAUAGUUAGUUCAAUUAAAAUAUAAAAAAAAUUAAUAAAAAAAUACUUAAGAACUUGAGAAUGUUAGUUCUAAAUGUUACAUGUAACUGAAUAAAGUGAAUUAUAAAAUUUGUA